AUGACCAUCGACAAUAACAAGCGUCCCCUCGAUGAGGAUGAGCCAGCCCAGGUAGCUGGCCCCGUGAAGAAGCCCAAGACCGACGACGAGGGCGAGGAAGGCGAGGUCGAAGCGACUAAUGUCGCUGAGCUCGGGGAGGGGUGGGAGGAGUCGACUGAGGAGACGGACGACGAGGACGACGAGUCGACUGAGGUGACGGACGAGGACGACGAGUCGACUGAGGUGACGGACGACGAGGACGACGAGGGCUACGAGAACCACGAAGAUGAUUACGAGGAGUCGAUCGCAGAGUCAAAGAACGAUGAUGACAGCGACUCGGAGGUGGACGAGUACGACACGACCGACGAUGUGGACGACCUUGACCUCGCCCCCCAGACCACGGACCCUUGGAUGCAAUGGGCUUCUGCCCUGGAGGCCUGUAACAAGGCUAGGUGGGCUAAGGCCUGGGCAUACCAGCUCAAGGAGACGGCUGUUUCCCACAACAACACGACGACCGUCACCAUCACCGCGGAACUUCGAACGUGGCGCGAGCCUCGGGACAUCAUGCACACCGCCGUCGCCCAUUUCCACCACUGCUGCGCGGCGUACGACCAUUACAAGGCCAUCGAGAAGGCAGAGGAGCAAGCCUACCUCAAGAGCAUCGGCAUUAGCAACGGAGUCCACUCCACCCCGUGGACCUGGGUCCAUGUGGCCCCGACCAACGUGUCCGACUUCGACUUCGACGCCAGCAAGUACCCUGGCUCAAGUGACGAGUUCAAGACCCUCCUCCGCCGCCUGUCCGCUUCAAUCAAGGGCAAGGUGGCUACCGGUGCCUAA